AUGUGGAUUCUUCCUAUUCUCGGGGUUAUUGGCUCCAUCGUGGGCUUCUGCUUCCUGACCUUGGCAAUCGCGUCGGGUCUCUACUACCUGUCCGAGCUCGUCGAGGAACACACGGUGCUCGCCAAGCGCCUGUUGACGCAACUGAUUUACAUUAUUGUCGUUCUCCAGCUUCUACUAUGGGCUGUGGACGGGCUCUCGUUCAAGCUGACGCUUCUGUCCAUCUUCUCGCACAUCGUCUACCUUGGCAACAUGCGUCGCUUCCCUUACGUUCAGCUCACUGAUCCGCUGUUCCUCACUUCAUGCGCUCUCGUGCUCACGAACCACUACUUCUGGUUCCGCCACUUCUCCGACACCCAAGCGCGAUCCUACUCCAACAUGCGCUCCAUCUACGACCAGCCUGACACUCCUUCGUUCACACAAAUCGCCUCAUACUUUGGCAUCUGUGUUUGGCUGGUGCCUUUCUCUUUGUUCGUCAGCUUGUCAGCCAGCGACAACGUCCUCCCCACCAUGGGCAGCGAAACACCCUACCAGCAGGCCGAUGGAAAGAACAAGCGACAGGGCAUGGUCAAGGCGCUGGUUGACUCUGUUACCGGCGGCAUCGGCCAGGUUAUCCAGUCAGUCGGCUUGCAGCAGCGGCCUGGUAACUCGUGGAAUGACUGA